AUGUCUUUCCUAGGCGGAGCAGAGUGUUCGACGGCGGGCAAUCCUCUCAGCCAGUUCACGAAACAUACGCAGGAUGAUAAGAGUUUGCAGAGGGAUCGCCUGGUGGGGAGGGCGAAUGGGGGAGGGUUGCAAGGUAUGAGGUCGAAUGGGGUGAUGGGGAGGGGGGAUGAGAUGAUGAAUGAGUUUAUGCAACACAAUGGACAAGUUCCGCCGGAAGCGUUUAUGCAGCAAAACGCGGGUCUGCAGAAUCAGCAGAUGCGAUCGGGUUCCGCGUCGCCUGGUCUGGGUAACUGGGCGCAAGAGUUUAAUCCUGGGAUGGAUGAGCAGGCGCGGAUGGAGGCUUCGUUCCAGGUUCCUAAGGGCGCGGCUUUUAGUGCGGCGGACUUUGCGCGGUUUCAGCAGAUGGGGCAGAAUGCUAGGACGGCGAGUCCGUUGGGACAGCAGAAUGGGAGUCAGUAUUCUGGGUAUCAGGGGAGACAGAUGGGUAUGGGGAUGGGGAUGGGAGGUAUGGGCAUGGGAAUGGGUAUGAUGAAUAGACCACAGUUCCAGGGUGCUCAGAAUAUGCAGCAGGAUAAAGGAAAGGGCAAGUUGGUGGAGCUUGACAAUGAACAUUGGGAGGAACAGUUCAAGCAGAUGGAUUUACAGGGCCAGGAACUUGAUGAGAGUAUGGCUGGGGAGGCAGAGCUCAAUGAGAUGGACAGGUCAGUCCUUGAAUCCGAAACCAAUGAAUUUGGUGAUUUCGAGUCUAUUUGGAAAGGAAUACAAGCUGAAAAUGAAGCCGCUAGACAAUUAGCUGAAGAAGAGAACAUGGCGAGCGAGAUUUGGGGGAACGGUGGCGAUGUUGAUACCUGGGAUAAUUUCGACGGCAUGCGAACACAUUCGGCUCCUUUUCGCGAUCCUAAUCUGGGAGAAUACAUGUUUGAGGAGGAGAAUAUAUUUAGGGAGAUUGGGAACCCUUUUGAAGAGGGUGUGAGGAUUAUGCAAGAGGGUGGGAAUUUGUCGUUGGCUGCUCUGGCUUUUGAAGCUGCUGUGCAGAAAGAUCCACAGCAUAUCGAAGCUUGGGUGCAAUUAGGAUCUGCUCAAGCACAAAACGAGAAAGAGACACCGGCGAUACGAGCCUUGGAACAGGCUAUGAAAUCAGAUCCCAACAACCUCACAGCUCUUAUGGGUCUAGCAGUCAGCUACACAAACGAAGGCUACGACUCCACCGCCUACCGCACCCUCGAACGCUGGCUCUCAAUAAAAUACCCCUCCAUCAUCUCUCCUGCCGACCUCUCCAACGACGCCGAAGUGGGCUUCACAGACCGUCACCUUCUCCACGAAAAGGUCACCAGCCUCUUCAUCCGCGCCGCCCAGCUCUCUCCCGAUGGCGAACACAUGGAUCCAGACGUCCAAGUCGGCCUCGGGGUCCUCUUCUACGGCGACGAGGAAUACGAUAAAGCAGUCGACUGUUUCUCCGCUGCCCUCGCCAGUACAGAAUCCGGAACCACAAACCAACGCGAACAGCUCCAUCUCCUCUGGAACCGUCUCGGCGCUACCCUCGCCAACUCAGGCCGCUCCGAGGAAGCCAUCGCAGCUUACGAAAAAGCUCUCACGCUACGCACAAAUUUCGUGCGCGCACGUUACAAUCUCGGCGUCUCCUGCAUCAACAUCGGCUGUUACGAAGAGGCGGCCUCGCAUCUCCUCGGCGCGUUGGCGAUGCAUAAGGUCGUGGAGAACGAGGGACGCGAGAAGGCGAGGGAUAUUCUGGGAGGUGAGGGUGUCACCGAGGACGAGCUGGAACGCAUGGUGCAGCAGAAUCAGAGUACGAAUCUUUAUGAUACGCUCAGGCGGGUGUUUAGUCAGAUGGGGAGACGCGAUCUCGCGGAGAAGGUGGUGGUGGGGAUGGAUGUUGAGGGGUUUAGGGGGGAUUUUGAUUUUUAG